GUGUCUUUUAAUGCCUGUGAUGGGAAGCACUUAAGUGUUCUCUGUUUUCAGGUGCUUGUUUACAAGGAUGAUUUCACAUCAGAAAGAGCUGAUCGGGAGCGGGCACAGAGCAAGAUACAAGAACUUAAGGAAAAAGUGGCAACCCUGCAGCACCAGAUAUCCCGCAGACAGGAGUCAAGAGAGACAACGGGCCACUGUAGGAUCCACACGAGUCACAAAAACCACACACAACACCUAGAGACAGACGUUGCCGAAGCCUUACUCAGGGCAGAGCCACAAAGCACGAGGAGACCCGCCCUCCAGCCCGAACAGCCUGAAAUACCAACAGACAGAAGAGUCUCUGGCUCUGACCCGAGAGGGCAAGGGCAAGGGGACCUUCACUGCCCUCACUGCAUGAGGUUCUUUCAUGAUGAGGAGGGCGAGGAAUUUCUUAGGCACGUGUCUGAAUGCUGCCAGUGACCCAGGCACCUGAAGACACGGGCUAAAGGCAGGGCGAGGGUGAACCAGCCGCAAAGACUCUCUGCUGGUCACUUAGCCGGACAAUCUGGUACCCUGAAGGAGUCUGGUUCACUAGAGACCUGUGAUCAGUGAUGGGAGAACAGAUCUUCCAAGAGACCAGUCAGCUAUCCUGCGGUGGAUCUGAUUUAGAUCUCGUUUGAAUUCUGACCUUCCAGCUCAAAACCUACUGGCCAACGGACUGGAGUCGAGGAGGGAAACCAGCUCUCAGAUCUUUCCAGAAAGGGUGGGGAGGCAGCGUCCCAGGUUAUCAAGUGCCUGGUCAAAAGCUGGCUGAGAUUCUGUCCCUUCAAGGAUGAGUGCGGAAGAGUAACCCACAGAGUUAUCUUUCUGUUGAAGAAAGCUCCAAUUUCCAAGUCAGGAUUCUGACUGAGCCAGCUAUCUGGUUUCGGCUCAGCCAAAGAGGGUCCAAACCGUUAUCCAAUUUGGGCAGUUGGUGUGUAGAAGGUGGCCGAGGGGGGAUGGUUUGAGUCAAACUUGGCCAUCUUUGGGAGGGAUAAGCAUUACUGGUCGUUCUUCCCAAUGGCCAAGGAGCAGAGCACACAGCACCUGCUCUAUCUACAGGACAAGCCCCACGCCGAUGCUACGUCAGAGCUUUCACUGCUGUAGUGUGUCAAGUGCAGAGUGUAGGAGUUUGGGAAGCAUUCAGGUCACACAAACGAGCCACAAUUGGCUCAGGAAGUGGGGUCUGAGCAUCACUGUCCUGUCUUCUGUGAAGGGCAGGGCAUAGGCUUCCGUAAGUAGGAAAGACCUUUUCUGUUUUUGCACUGAUGUACCUUGUACUGGCAAGUUGCAAUUUAUUUCUUGUGAAUUCUGAAAUUUAUAUGAAGAACUAAAACAUAUUUUAUAUUCACUUAUUUUUAUAAUAAAAUAUAUUGAUGUGAUAGUGA